CCCCCCAGAAGCGUCAUCGUCAUUUCCGCGUUCGUCUCCAAUGGCAACCGAUCAACGUCGCGCGUCGAGUAAUGGAUUCCCUUACUGAGAGGGAGAUCGCGCGGAUAGCGAGGCUGCAGAGGGAUGCCGGCAUCCAAAGGCUCAGCCAUCACUUCCAGUGGCCUGAGUUUAGCAAUGACCAGCUCUCCUUCCAUCAGGAGUUUGUGUAUGACGUUGCUAUGUUCACCACGGAGCGCGGCUUCUCCUGGGCCGACGUGAUCCGCUCAGCUGCGCUUGCCAGGGGCGUCUUCCCACAGCUGCACGAUUUCGACAUACACAGGUUCUGGACCCUGCUAAGAUAUGUGCUGGGUGAGAAUUUGCCGACCCUGACGCCUGUACACCGACACGCCUUCACCCGCUACCUGAGUGACACCUGCAUCUCCAGAAGGAGGCUGUUCCAGGUGGUGGUAGGUGGAGCGGCUCAGGAGUCUGUGGUGCAGAAACAGCUGGCGGUUCAGCUGCCGCCCACCCCCUGCCCUUUGGCACAGGGUACUGAUCUCCAGGAGUGGGAGGCACAGUCUCAGCAACGGACAAGACUCGCUUCCUCUCUGCUGCUGAUGGAAGAAAAACUGAGAUGUCUUAGAGCCGGGCCAAGGGUCACUCUGGGGGACAUCGAUGUCCCAUCAGACGGGGAACUGGACAAAGAGAGCAUUAUGGAGUUUGUUAAGUCUGCUGUUAGAACCACACAAGGCCAGAUGCUGGCAAGUCUGAGUGAAGAGGCAUCCCUGCUCACAGAUAUCCAUCAGCUCAAACUGCAGCAGGAGGCUUUGACCACUGGGGGGCACCAGAAGACAGCAAGUUCUAAAAUGGUAGCACCAAAGGCAAAGAUGCAAACAGCAAAAACAGAAACAGGGGGGAAGGAUGACUGAAAACACAAAGCAGGAGCUGAUUGAAUGAUAAUAAU